AGAAGAAAGUCCAGUUCGUCCUCAAAGAGAUGCACAACAGAUCAUUGCAAUCAAAAGCAGUCAUCACUCCGUGGGUGGGUCUGAGGAAGAUCAAUGUCUCCUACUGGUGCUGGGAGGACAUGUCCCCCUUCACCAAUUCCACGCUACAGUGGUUGCCAGGCGAGCCCAGCGACGCUGGUUUUUGUGGGUACCUGGCUGAGCCCACUUUUAAUGGCCUGAAGGCGGCAACCUGCGUCGACUCUGUUAAUGGGAGUCUGUGUGAACGACCAACGAACCACAGUGUGAAGCAGUGUCGGACGCCCUGUGCCCUGCGCUCUUCCUGUAGUGAGUGCACCAGUGGGAGCUCAGAGUGCAUGUGGUGCAGUAACAUGAGGCAGUGCGUGGACUCUAAUGCUUAUGUAGCGUCCUUCCCCUACGGCCAGUGCAUGGAGUGGUACACCAUGAACAGCUGCCCACCGGAGAACUGUUCUGGCUACAAGACCUGUGGUCACUGUUUGGACCAGCCUGGGUGUGGGUGGUGCACUGAUCCCAGCAAUACAGGACGGGGCCAGUGUAUAGAGGGCUCUUACCGCGGUCCAAUCCAAACACUGUUCCACGCCCCUUCCUCUUCAGGCCCCUCCCUCUUUGCCGCCCCUCAGCCAAUGCUGAAUGUGAGCUUGUGCCCACUAGAGGGCAGCUACAACUGGUCCUUCAUCCAGUGCCCAGCGUGCCAGUGUAAUGGACACAGCUCUUGUAUCAAUGAGAGCGUGUGUGAGAGAUGCGAGGACCUCACCACAGGCAAACAGUGCGAGAGCUGUAUCUCCGGUUACUAUGGCGAUCCCACAAACGGGGGCAGCUGUCAACCUUGUAAGUGCAACGGCCAUGCCAGCAUGUGUAACUCUAACAAUGGCAAAUGCUUCUGUACCACCAAAGGCAUCAAAGGAGACCGCUGCCAUUUGUGUGAGGUAGAGAACCGUUACCAGGGCAACCCUCUGAAGGGAACGUGUUAUUACACUCUGCUGAUAGAUUACCAGUUUACCUUCAGUUUGUCUCAGGAGGACGACCGCUACUACACUGCCAUCAACUUUGUGGCAACUCCAGAUGAGCAAAAUCGAGACCUGGACAUGUUUAUUAAUGCCUCAAAAAACUUUAACCUCAACAUCACAUGGGCAACCAGCUUUGCAGCUGGGACUCAAGCUGGUGAGGAAAUCCCUAUAGUCUCCCGCAGCAACAUAAAGGAAUUCAAAGACAGUUUCUCCAAUGAGAAGUUUGAUUUCCGUAGCAAUGCCAACAUUACCUUCUACGUGUAUGUCAGCAACUUUACCUGGCCAGUCAAAAUCCAGAUCGCUUUCUCUCAACACAGUAACUUCAUGGAUUUGGUUCAGUUCUUUGUCACGUUCUUCAGCUGUUUCCUGUCCUUGCUUCUGGUGGCAGCAGUCGUAUGGAAGAUAAAACAGAGCUGCUGGGCGUCACGGCGCAGAGAGGUCAGUGCUGUAGCAUUUCCCUUGUUACCUAUCGCUUUCUCUCAACACAGUAACUUCAUGGAUUUGGUUCAGUUCUUUGUCACGUUCUUCAGCUGUUUCCUGUCCUUGCUUCUGGUGGCAGCAGUCGUAUGGAAGAUAAAACAGAGCUGCUGGGCGUCACGGCGCAGAGAGCAACUCCUGCGAGAAAUGCAGCAGAUGGCCAGCCGACCAUUCGCCACCAUCAACGUCGCCUUGGAGACGGAUGAGGAGCCGCCAGACCUGAUUGGUGGAAAUGUGAAGUCUGUGCCUAAGCCCAUAGCUUUGGAGCCCUGUUUUGGGAAUAAGGCAGCAGUGCUCUCCAUCUUUGUUAGAUUACCCAGAGGCCCCGGAGGUAUUCCUCCUCCAGGACAGUCAGGUCUGGCAGUAGCGAGUGCAUUAGUGGACGUCUCUCAGCAGAUGUGUCUGGGAUAUAAGGAGAAGUCGGGAGGGUUGCGUAGCCGCAAGCAGCAGCCAUUAGCACAGCCCGCCACCUGCAUCUGACAUUUACCCCUCAACCUCUGACCUCGGACCCCUGCCAGGACGCUUAUGGCUGGGUUGCGUGGUUUAGCCAAGCCAAGCGGACUCUGAUUGGAGAAACUGAAUUUCUCCUGGCCCAAGCUGAGAGAACACUACAGGAAAUGAACUCUUAUGUGACCCUGACUGAUAGGACUUAUCCUGGGCCACUUUAUGAUAUUUAACUUAUUUCAGUUAUUUUAUUCCAUUUUUACAAUCAGGAGGAAGAAUCCUUGCACUGCUGCAUCUCUGAUGAAGGCAACACACACAGACAAAAUUUUCUUCUGGAGACUUCUUUGGCUGCAUGGCUAUAACACAAACACAAACACACACCUGCAUAUAGUACAGAAUGUCUUUUAGAGGCAUAUAGUACGUCUAUGUCUGUUUAAUCAUGGCAGUAGUCGUCAAAAAUUGCUUUUAUUUCUUAAUUAUUAAUCACGUCUCUGAUUUGAUGUGCAGGAAUAAGACACAGCUAACUGGUAUGUUUACAAGCGUUUUACUUUAUAGGUCAUUUGUGAUGUCUCUCCCAAGCAUUUCAUGUUUGUCCCAAUAAGAGGAUCUACAUUUUAGCUUUUUCACAUCCUUCCAUUCUCUUUUGAAUUACCUCCUUUCACAUGUUCAUGUAGAGAUCUGAGACGUCAGUGUUUAUGUUUGCCAUAAUGAUAGUGCUGCUUCUGCUUUUAUCAUUUACUUCCUCUCACUUCUCUUUUAUCUGAAAUCUCAACCCAUUUCUCAGGCACAUUUCAAGGAAGGCAGAAAUAAAAGGCGACUGCAGGCAGGCAGCAGGGUGGAAUUAGAGCGAACAAGGACCUUGUUUGGGUUUCUCGAAAUGUCAGAUGUCAUUUUGGGCUGGCGAAGUAUUAUCUGCAUACACAAAUGCACAAACCUGGACCUGCGUCGGAUACCGGGGAUAUUCUCCAGGAUAUGGAGUGGAUUGCCUAGUGCAAAGGAAAGGUCAGAGAUAGAGUGAGCAAAUGUGACAUUAUGAAAUCUAAACCGGUGAAAGUGCGUGUAGCGGCGCAGUCAUUACAUCUUUCAUUAUCCUGGUGCGCGGCUGUAUCGAGACGGCACAGAUGACCUGCUUGCCAGUUCUUGGUGUGUUUAGAGUGCCAUGAAUAAAGGGACACAAGUUGCUAGACCAGAACCAAGCAUCUAGUAUUGAGAGCCCAAACAGGAUGUUACUAAUCUGUCCGUGAUCUCAAUGGAAAAUUCAUGUCCUGAGACACCCAUCAGGUGCGAAUGUAAGCCAGAAUGUCGUAGAGAGACCAUUUAUGUUUUUUUUCUCGCGAUCUGUUAGGGUCCAAAAGGGAAAGCGCACUCACACGCACACACAAAGUGGUCUAAUGAAAGGAGCUGGUCUCUCUUCCUUCAGAUGGAAGCUAAUUCUCACAUUGCUUUUCUCUGUAAGCCUCAAACAGUACUCCUCACACACCGACCGCACCUGAUACUGUAGAUACGGAAUCUGUAGUUUGUUAAUAUGUAUAAUGUAGCAGCAAGUGCACUCAAGUUUUUGUACAUAGUGAUGGACAGUAAUGUGAAUGCCGUCUAUGUUAAGCGACUUACUGCACUUGGCAGGUGGAGUGUCCCAGGCUUUUGAAAUGUGACUGCAUUGCAGCUUCUUUUGUAUGUAAGAUGGCGAAUGUCAUGAACAAACUUUAAACUAGCUGCCUACUUUAGAAAAAAAAUAAGACCUGGAAAUUUAAACUGACCUUGUAAUUAUAUGCGUACAUAAAGAAUGACAUAGAACAUUUUGUCUAUAAUUAAACGGUAAAAUGAAGAUGAGUGCCUGUAAAUCUGUUGUUCUGAUGUUGAGUGAAAUUGCAGUGUUCUUGGUUAGCUUAUCACCCAUCAUUUAUUUAAUGAGAUAACGAGCUGCCUAUGGCGUUUUUUUAACUAUUGAGUAAUUUAUGUAGCUCAAGGGGAAACGGCACGGUACAGUACGGCAUCUAAUGUACAUUGUUUUAUCUUCAUUGCAUAGUGUGCUGUUGGAAGCAUUUAAGCUUGUCUCUCACAACAGGACAGAUGAAAUGCAUUUGUUAUCUCCUUAUUAUCAGCAGGUGGAUGUGGAUAAACAAUAUCGUGACAACUUCUUCAGCUCGGCAUGAGCGUUUAUCCAGUGCCUCUUCAGAGAUUUUCCAAAUGGGAUUAUGAGGGAGCUUUCAAAGUCUCCCCGCUCAGAUAUAUUACAGAUACUUUACGGCUUCAUAAUUGAAUGGAAAUUCUCACCAUUAGCUGUGUAUUUGCAUUUUAUCAAGCACAUUGGCAGGAAUCCAGAAACAGAGAGGGUGGAUAUUCUUUUCACAAAUGCCCUCCGUAAAAUGGUUAUUGGGGCCUGUGGAGUCUCAGAGGUCUUGACCUUCUCGACUGUAUGCAGCGAUUAAAAUCAUGCGUCAUAAUUUGGACAAUUU